UUCCUUAUUAUCGAAAAGUAGGGUUUUUGCUCGCUGUCAUUGUUCUCUGCCGCGCAAUCAAGCAAAGAAGCACGUUAGGGUUUCCCAAUCUCGCAGUUGCAGAGACAGCUUCGCAGCGACAAUGGCCACUCUCGUCCCUACCUCCGAGGAAGAUGCCGCUCUCUCCGUCGUACGUUUCGCGUCCGAGCUCGCCUGGGCCGACGCCGGUCCCGAGGUUGCUGAGCCACAAGUUAAUAGACUAUGCAUGGAGGCUGAAGAGUUCAUUGCUAUGGGGAAGUGGUUGGAACUAGCAUCAUUGAUGAUUACGUCUGCUGAGUUGAUCUUCUCAAAGGUUACUGAAAAAGAUGUGGAGUCCAUCUUCACUGUUAUCUGCAAUCUUGUUACGAAGACUGAGAAUCCAGAUGAAGUAAUGGAGAUCAUCAAAGUUAUAUCAGCAAAAUUAAUUCAACAACCUAAUGAAAAGCCUGCGGUGCGCUUGAAGAUUUUGAUCAAUCUGUACAAUCUUGUGGAGACUCCAUACUGCCGCUUUUACAUCUACAUGAAAGCGUUGAAUUUAGCAGCUGAAGGGAAAGUCACUGAAUACAUUAUCCCUUCAUUAAAAAAUAUUGACAAUUUUUUGAAAGACUGGAAAAUUGGGAUAUCAGAACAGAGAGAGCUCUUUCUUACUAUCUCUAAGAUUUUGAAAGAAAAUAAAAGCAUGGCUAAAGACUCUUUUAAGUUCUUGACAAAUUAUUUGGCAACUUUUAAUGGAGAAGAUGCACAUGAAUUGAGUGAAGCAAAGGAGGAGGCUGUGCAUGCAAUCAUUGAUUUUGUGAAAUCACCUGAUAUAUUCCAGUGUGAUUUAUUAGACAUGCCUGCUGUUUUGCAAUUGGAGAAAGAUGCCAAAUAUGCUGUGUUAUACCAGCUUCUCAAGAUUUUUCUUACUCAGAGGCUGGAUGCUUACUUAGAAUAUCAUACUGCAAAUUCUGCCUUGGAGAAAAACUAUGGUCUUGUGCAUGAAGAAUGCGUUGCUAAAAUGAGGUUGAUGUCAUUGGUGGAUCUUAGCUCUGAUGGAUCUGGCCAAAUUCCGUAUGAACUUAUAAGAGAAACACUGAAGAUCAAUGAUGAUGAGGUAGAACUCUGGGUGGUUAAGGCAAUAACUGCAAAGUUGAUUGACUGUAAGAUGGACCAAAUGAAUCAAGUUGUAGUUGUUAGUCAUCACACCGAUCGUAUGUUUGGUCAGCACCAAUGGCAAGCACUGAGAACAAAGCUAGUGACAUGGAGGGAUAAUAUUUCGAAUGUGAUCAAUACAAUUCAGGCUAACAAAGUAACCGAAGAUGGGUCCCAGGCAGUCCAAGGUUUGGUGGUUCGUUGAGGAGGUUUUUUUUUUGGAUCUUUUGUCUUAUCUAGAUUUCAUCUAAGUUUGUCUUGUUCUUAAAUAGUGAGAGGAAAAGGUUGUAAUUUGUUCUGUUAACAGGUAUACCAUUUUUGUCGUAGAAGCUAUUUGUUGGUUAAUAGUUAAUACUUUUUAACUCAUCUCAUAUCGACUAGCCUCGCGAUGGUUGGCCCCCGAGUUAAUAUUACUGCUAAGAUUUGGAUUCUGUGUAUUUUAUUUUAAAAAAGUUUGAGUUCAAUUUA